UUAUCUUUUAUAUUUGCAGACCAAUAUGUAUUUAUUUUUACCUAUUCUCAGAAUAGCACCACCAGCUCUGGAGAUGUUGAUGCUCCAGAUGUCCCUGAUGUCAUCAUUGUAGGAGCCGGGGUUUUGGGCUCCUCAUUGGCAGCAGUUCUUGGUCAAGAUGGACGAAAGGUUACAGUGAUUGAGAGAAGUCUCAGAGAGCCAGACAGAAUUGUGGGUGAACUGCUUCAGCCUGGUGGAUAUUGUGCACUCACAGAAUUAGGCCUGGAAAAGUCAGUAGAGGGGUUGGAUGCACACAUUGUGAAUGGUUAUGUCAUCCAUGACACUGAAAGCAGGAUGGUUGUGGAGAUUCCUUACUCUGAAGUACAAGAUCAGUGUGGAAGAGCUUUCCAUCAUGGCCGCUUCAUCAUGGGGCUGCGCAAAGCUGCACUGGCAGAGCCAAAUGUGAGGUUCAUUGAAGGCACGGUGAAAUAUCUUGAAGAACAAAAUGGCUGCGUUAAAGGUGUCCAGUACAAGGAUAAGGAUUCUGGGAAAAUACAGAGGUUACGCGCUCCUCUUACAGUGGUGGCUGAUGGAUGUUUCUCAAACUUCAGGAAGAGUUUGAGCUUAGAAACGGUUCAAGUCUGUUCCAACUUUGUAGGCUGCAUAAUGAAGAAUUCUCCCCAGUUUAAGCCCAACUAUGCAGAGCUGGUUCUGAGCUGUCACGGGCCUCUUCUGAUCUACCAGAUUUCCUCUACUGACACACGUGUGCUGGUGGACAUACAGGGACGUCUGCCCAAAAACCUCAAGCAAUACAUGACUGAGAAGAUCCACCCAAAACUGCCAGAUCACUUGAAGGAGCCGUUUUUGUUGGCUGUACAAAAUAACCGUCUGAAAUCCAUGCCGGCAAGUUUUCUGCCCUCAUCACCUGUCAGUAAACCGGGAGUCUUGCUUCUCGGAGAUGCUUAUAACAUGAGGCAUCCUUUAACUGGCGGCGGGAUGAGCGUAGCACUGAAUGACGUCAGGAUUUGGAGACGUCUGCUUCACCAUAUUCCAGAUCUCACUGACCAUACAGCAUUAUCGAAGGCUAAAAAGACAUUCGAUUGGGAGCGUAAGCUUUCACAUUCACUUGUGGUGGACAUUCUAGCACAGGCACUGCAUGAACUGUUUGCUUCACAAGAUGAUUCAAUUCUGUAUCUUCGAAGAGCCUGCCUGUGUUAUUUUCAGUUAGGAGGGAAGUGUGUUUCUGGACCAGUUGGGCUGCUUUCUGUGUUGAAGCCCCACCCCUUGACUCUGAUUGGUCACUUCAUUGGCAUUGUAUUCUACGCAGUUUACUUGAAUAUGAAGGCAGAGGUAAGACAGUACAAGGUAGGAGCGAUGCUGAGGAGCCUAAGGAUUCUCUAUCGAGCAUUUAUGGUUAUAUUCCCUCUCAUCUGUUCAGAAUUUAAAUAUCCCAUUUAUAGACUUUUUAGACCUUUGAAAUGAAUGUUUUUUAAUAGCAAAUGUAAAAUUAUGUGACAAAUGUAAAACUAUAUGACUAGUGAA